GAUGUCAGGCACAGAGAUGGAGAAAGCAGCUUUGCAGGACCCCUUUUCCAGCAGCGUGGCCACCUCUGUGCGGACGGCCUCAUACCACUCGCAGCCGUCCGACAGACAGCCAGGCCGGCGCCAGCAGUUCAAGUCGUAUCGACUGAAUGGCGAGUAUGAGCGGCCGUGGCUGGGGGACAGCCGUCUGAAGAGAUCGCGCGUUGGCUCCUACAUCAUCUGGGGCUUCAUCGGGCUGGGGCUGGCCCUUAGUGCAUACAUCAACUUCACCGUCACCCAGAAGGUGUCGAAGCACCAGUACUGCCUUAUACUGGACGACCAGUUCUCUUCGCUCAAUGAAGCCACAUGGAACCGUGAGGUCCAGAUCGGGGGAUUCGGGACCGGAGCCUUUGACUGGACGACGACGGACGAGAAGAACGUGUUUGUCGACGGCGAGGGCCUGCAUAUCGUCCCUACGCUGACUACGGAGUCCACCUCGAUCACCCCUGAGCAGCUGGUCGAUGGCUACACGCUGAACCUGACCAAGGCUGGCGGUGACGGGUCCUGCACAGGAACCUCCAACGCUGCCUGUUCAAUGCGCUCGAACAAGACGACGGGGGCGAUCAUCCCGCCGGUCCGGUCAGCGCGUCUUAACACCCGGGGAAAGAAGAGUAUCCGCUACGGGCGAGUGGAGGUUGUAGCGAAGAUGCCGCGCGGAGAAUGGCUGUGGCCAGCCAUCUGGAUGCUGCCGGUCAAUGAGACAUACGGCGCCUGGCCGUCGAGCGGCGAGAUCGACCUCGUCGAGACUCGUGGGAAUGACGUCGACUAUCCCGCUGGUGGCAGAGACAUCAUGUCUAGCUCUUUGCACUGGGGACCAACGCCGGAGACGGAUUCGUUCUGGCGGUCGACGAGAGGCAGGGCGCUGCGGCGGACCGACUUCUCCAAGGGCUUCCACACCUUCGGCAUUGAGUGGUCGAAGGACUACCUGUUCACCUACAUCGAUAGCCCGCUGCAGCAGGUCCUGUUCUGGAGCUUCGACAAGGACCAAACCAUGUGGCAGAAGGGCCACUAUGAGGGCGUGGCCGUCAACUCCUCUCUGGUCAAAGAUCCCUGGUCUCAGACCGGCAAUCCAAACACCCCCUUCGACCAGCCCUUCUUCCUCAUCCUCAACGUCGCCGUGGGCAGCACAAACGGCUGGUUCCCUGAUGGCAAAGGAGGCAAGCCGUGGACUGACGUCGGCCGGGCGGCCGCAGACUUUUACUCCAGCCUGGACAAGUUCUACCCGACCUGGGCCAAGGACAACAGCCGCGGUAUGACCGUCAGGUCGGUAAAGAUGUGGCAGGAGGGUACCUGUGGGUGA